CCAGAGUGCAGCUCUACCUCUCACUGUGUUUUCUUGUCUGACAUCUUCGGCAGUGACAGCUCAGUGAUAGAAACACUUUCUGAUAAAACCAGUGUGUUGUUUUUUUGUCCAGAGAGAUCUGAAGGACAAGUUAAGACGAAGAUGUUGAGGCGAAGGCCUUCCAAUGCCUCGGAGAAGGAGCAGACACAGAAGAAGAAGCUCACUCUGCAGAGAUCCAGCAGCUUCAAGGAUUUUAUGAAGCACAAACCCACGUCUCCUGUUGCUUCAGAUAAGGAGUUACAUUUUGAGGAGAAUUCUCAGGUCACAGAGGGAGUGAAUGCAGAAGAAAACAUGAAAGGUGGCAUCAAACUGGGCAAGAAGUGGCGCAACGUCAUCUCACGUACGAUGACCCGCAAAACAUCCAAGAUGGUGCAGAAAGCUCUGGCUGAAGAAGGGGGUGAGAGCAGUGAGGAGCUGUCUCCCAUCCCGUCUGAUUGUCUUCCAGAUCUGAGCACAGGACAGAGGACAUCUGUGUGCUCCUCGGAGUCAGAGGAGGUCACGCCAAGCCUCAUCAGCCGCCAGAUCUCAGGCAGCAGUGACAGACAGAGCCUGGACAGUGGAUACUGUCAGAGGGACAGUAUGAGACUGGAGGAGAACUCUUACAACGGUCCUUUCUGUGGCCGCGCUCUAGUCCACACUGACUUCACUCCCAGCCCCUACGACGUGGAGUCGCUCAAACUUCAAAAAGGAGACAUCAUCUACAUAAUUGAGAAACCCCCUGUGGGGACCUGGACGGGCAAGCUCAACACCAAAGUAGGCUCCUUUAAGUUCAUCUACGUCAACCUGCUGCCUGAGGAGAGCCCCCCGAUCAGGAGGAGGCGCUGCAACAGCAAGACCAACCAAAACAAAUCCAGACCCAAAACCCUAGAGGAGGUGCUGGAUAGCAUCGGCCUCAAUGAGCUGAGCUCCCUGCUGUCUAUGCACGGUUUCCAGACUCUGGAGGACUUUGGAGGCCUGAAGGAGUCCCACCUCAAUGAGCUGAACAUCACAGAUCCAGAGCAGCGCUCCAAAAUUCUGAAUGCCUCUGAGCUACUGCGAGACUCUGAUGAAGAGUCUGAGCCAGAGGAAGAGGAAAAAAGAUCGGUGGAGGACUCUAAAGAGCCGAGGGAUUCUGGCUGUUUUGAGAGUUCUGAGAAUCUGGAAAGUGGACCAAAGAUGGAAGAGGAGCAGACCAACCAGAAGGAGGAGGAAUGUGUGCAACAAAACGAUGAACAAACAGAACAGCUGAAUGAAGUGCAAGAGAAGCUGCAGGAGCUGACAGUGGAUGCAAGAUAAUGAGAAGUGCUCAAAGACUGUGGACUGAGGUUUAAAGCCAUUAAGAUGUCAUUUUUGGAUGGUGCACUUGAACAAACAGUGUAAUGUUACAAAACUGCAGACCCUUGUUUGCCAUGGUAAAAAAUAUGCUGUCAGGUAGCACGAUCUGUCGUCAUCAGCUGCAGCGAUGAUCACGGUUUUAAUGUUUUGUACGUUUUUGUUUUGAUGACUAUCAGUUUGCUUCUUAAAAGGAACUAAAGAAGCAUUUAAAUGUAGCUUCUUCAUCUUUACGACCAUGUCUUAAAUGUUACUGUUUUCUGAAGUCUUGAACAAAUAUGAAUGUUGCUGUUGAUGGAUCUUGAACUGAAACUUGUGGUUGGCUUGUACUAGUUUUUUGAGGUACAUAACUGUGUUAUUAUUGUGAGUAAUGUAAACAGUGCUGUAAAUACAAUUUAAAUAAAACUUUAUUCCGAUGUAUAUAAAACCAA